GAGGCUGUAAUUUGAGAGCGCAGAGGUAUUAUUAGUCAAAACCGACGCGCGGCGCUUGAGACAUCCAGAUGUUGCGUUUGAGGCACAAAGUGAAGUCAGGGGCGGUCGACACGUUGGAAACAAACUUUUAUUCAAAACUUUUCCUGCCCAGAAGCAGUGAUGGAAGCCGGGAGGCUUCAGUAACAGGAGCGCAUUCCAAGGUUGUGCCAUCUUUGGCACUGCUUUUACGCAGUGGAUUUUGUGGAGGACGCAAACAAAGCCUGCGCUCACCGGCCGCUGAGACGUGCUUGAAAUGUUUCUGCGCGGGGUUGGAGUUAAAUAACAGGCUUCAACUGUGAGCUAAAUAAAGUCAGGGGGCUGGUGUUUUUCUGCCCGUGCCGGUGAGUUCAGACAUCAUGGCUUUUCUUCACUUGCUGCUGUGCGCGGGGAUGUUCCCGCUGUGCGGAGCUUUCUACCGCGGACAUCUGUACCCGGAGAUGUCAAACGGUACCUUUCAUCAUUACUUUGUGCCGGAUGGGGACUACGAGGAAAACGACGACCCGGAGAAAUGUCAGAUGCUUUUCAAAAUGACCGACGACCGAAGGUGCGGUCUCGACGAGGACCAGGAUUCGGUGAUCAGGGAUGAUUUCACCAUCAUCAAACGGCAGCUCGAGGACUCUGCGCGUGUCCUGGAGGGGAUCGGGAAAAGCAUCUCAUACGACCUGGACGGAGAGGACGGUUACGGGAAAUACCUGAGGAGGGAGACGGCUCAGAUCAGUGAGGCGUUCACAAACUCCGAGAAAUCCCUGCUGGAGCUGGAGGUCAAAUUCAAACAGAGCCAGGAUGGCGAGCUGAAGGAGGAGCACCGGCUAAACGACGACUUUCUCAACAUGAUUGUGCACACGCGGGACGUCCUCAAGGAGACUUUGGACAUUUCUCUGGGGCUGAAGGACAAGCACGAGCUGCUGUCUCUGAUUAUCCGCAGCCACGGCACGAGGCUGAGCCGCCUGAAAAACGAGUACAUGAAGUUCUGAAAGCUUCUAAAAACCCACAGAAUCACUUUUACUCUGGAGCGCACGAAAUCCAAAAAGAUUACACAUUUUAUCUUGUGCGUUAAGUUAUGGCCAUGCGCCAAGUUAUUGUGUGCGCAAAACUCAUCAUGCACCAAAAUUGCUAUAUUGUACGCUUAAGAAAGCACCGCGUGCCUAAAUAUGCUGUUUUAUACCAAAAAUCAUGUGCGCACCACAUAGAAUAUGUUUAUCCUUUUGUUUUAUUUUGCACGCUCGGUGAUGAUCAUAUGCAAUAUGAUUUAAAAACAUGUUUUUUGCAUAUCCUUAUUUUGCACGCGCAAGUUGUAUAUUUUACGCACGAGACAUCUUGUGCCAAAAUUGCUGGUGUGCACACGUUAGUGUUAUUUACGCACAUUACCUUGUGCCAACAACCUGUGCGCAAAUUGUUACACAUUUUUGACCCGUGCAGCCAAGCCAUUAUCCUUAGCGCACAACUUAAUUUACUCUCCUCCGGGAAUGUGCUUCCUUAUCAUGUCCGGCCCUUUCAAAGGGAGGGAACUUAGUUAACCAAGUUCUGUUUUUAUCUGUGAUGAAAUUCUUGCUGAUAUAGUGUAGCAAACUUUUUUUUGUGUGUGCACAAGAUAAAAAAUACCAUCUUUUUGGACUCCAGGGCCUGCCUUACAUAACAGUGUAUUUUAAUUUAUCUUUGUACUUGAUCAUAUGAGUAGGUGAAAUAUUAGUAAUUUUAGUAAUUAUAUCAGGGAUAUAAUCUUGGCAAUAAAUAAAUAAAGUUAUUUGGAUUCUAUAUGUCACACAAACUCUUUAUUUCUUGGUAACACACACAAGGGGAGACACAUCCCGAUAUUUAAGUAUGGUGACUUAACCUCCAGCUAAAAAUUUGUUUUUAAAAGAUGGCCAUUUAAUGCCACAAUAGAUUUUUUUUUUAAUAGACUUUGAGUAAUUCUAUAAUGUCACAGCAAUUUUCAUAAUGUAACGGGUUUCAGUCUUUCUGCUCACAAAGUGAAUGAGGAUUAAUUUUCUUGCCAAAUCCACCAACAUCUACAUUCUUUAUUUACUUGGUGAAUUCAAACAAUAAAUAAGUUACAUUUGGAACAGCCUUUAUAUAUCAAUCUGUGGUAAAGCAGAUUUUAAAGAUCCAAACACAAAGCUGGAAGCAGCUUUUGUCACACUGCAGACGAACGUUUCGGCAAACGCAAAUAAUGUUUACAUGAGUGUAAAUGUGUUUCAAUUUUGUGCUUUAAGCAACCAAACUUUGCACAAUUCUUUACUGUUUCGGUGCUAAAAGUCGUGAGACAGUUUGAAAUGCAAAGCGUACUGUGCUGUUGUAUAAUCUCGAUAAAUGUAUAGUUUAUUAUUGGAAGUAAAUAAAUACUGUGAUUGCCUGUAUCUGUAUUGCAGAAUACUUUAGUAUUCAUUGUUAAUAUAAAGUUUUAAAUGGAACAGUAUAUCUGUCUUUAUAAAUGUCUGUAUUCUUGUUGGAAAUGUUAUACUUUAAGACUGCGGGCAGCACUUCAAUGCUAAUCUGUGUGACAACUAAUGGAUUAUGUUCUGUCUUCUCAAAUAAAGAGUUUGUAUUUGU